ACAGCCCGAAAUCUAUCAUCAUAUCUUAUCCUGAGACUCCCAAACAAAACCCAGUCCAAUAGAAGAAGAAAAAAAACAUCCCAAUGUAAAGUUCCGUCCUUGCUCUCCUCACUGAACCACAUGUCCAUGGCGUCUCUGCUGGGCUCGUCCUCUGCUUCAAUCUUCGCCUCCCGAUCCCUCUCCUCCCCCUCCUCUAACCCCUCGCUUCCCCCAAUCUCCUCAACCUCAGUUCAGAGCACUGGGAAGAGAUUCUUCGGUGGAAUCGGGAUUCGAACCCGCAAAGCGCGGUCGAACAAGUUUCAUGUUGCGGUGACGAAUGUUGCGACGGAUAUCAAUUCUGUUGGACAGGCUCAGGAGGUUGCAGCUAAGGAGAGUCAGAGACCGGUUUAUCCAUUUGCCGCCAUAGUCGGGCAGGACGAGAUGAAGCUAUGCCUCCUGCUCAAUGUGAUUGACCCAAAGAUUGGUGGGGUCAUGAUCAUGGGGGACCGUGGCACAGGUAAAUCUACGACUGUCCGAUCGCUGGUCGAUCUGCUCCCAGAGAUACAGGUGGUUGCAGGGGAUCCCUACAACUCGGAUCCUGAGGAUCCAGAAUCCAUGGGAGUGGAUGUGAGGGAAAGGAUCAUGAAGGGGGAGAAAUUUCCUGUUGUUACUAGCAAAAUCACUAUGGUGGACUUGCCCCUCGGGGCCACUGAGGAUAGGGUUUGUGGUACAAUCGAUAUCGAGAAAGCCUUAACGGAAGGAGUCAAGGCUUUUGAACCAGGUCUUCUAGCAAAGGCCAAUAGGGGCAUACUGUACGUAGAUGAAGUCAACCUAUUAGAUGACCACCUGGUGGAUGUUUUGCUUGACUCUGCUGCAUCAGGAUGGAACACCGUGGAGAGAGAAGGGAUCUCGAUCUCCCAUCCGGCCCGAUUCAUCCUCAUUGGUUCUGGGAACCCUGAGGAAGGGGAACUUAGACCCCAGCUUCUUGACCGGUUUGGGAUGCACGCCCAGGUCGGGACAGUUCGAGAUGCUGAACUUAGGGUGAAAAUCGUGGAGGAGAGGGCGAGGUUCGACAAGAACCCAAAGGACUUCCGUGAGUCAUACAAGGCAGAGCAAGAGAAGCUCCAGAGCCAGAUUUCCUCUGCUCGGAGUGGUCUUUCCUCAGUUCAGAUGGACCAAGACCUGAAGGUGAAGAUCUCGAAGGUAUGUGCGGAGCUUAAUGUCGAUGGGUUGAGAGGAGAUAUCGUUACAAAUAGAGCAGCUAAGGCAUUGGCUGCACUGAAGGGUAGAGACAAAGUAACUGCCGAAGAUAUUGCCACCGUCAUUCCUAAUUGCCUAAGGCACCGUCUGAGGAAGGACCCGCUGGAGUCGAUUGAUUCGGGUCUGCUUGUUAUCGAGAAGUUUUAUGAGGUUUUCACCUAAGGAUGAAGGUACACGAUCUCCGUUUUUACGGUUUAUGUCUUCUCUUUGGAGUGUUUACUAUCAGCGUCGAAUUUCAUCAUAUGUUGUGUAGCCAUUUUUGGAUAAUUUGCUAAUGUAGAUGGAAGAUCUUAGCCCGUGGUAUAGAGGAUUCUUUGGAUAGAAUUGGAAGAGAAGAUUCUGCUGAGAAUUCAAGUGAAAAGUAUCAUGAUUUCUUCUGUUUCCAUA